AUGAGUAAUUGGGGUGACAAUAGAUCACGAGGUGGCAGAGGUGGAAGAAGAGGAAACCAUGAUGGUUAUCAACGCCGUGAAUGGACAAAUUCUAAUCGUGAUAAUAAUAAUCAAGGACGAGAAUCUCGAGGUGGUAACGCGAGCUAUGGGAGUCAAGGACAAGACUCAAAUUUAGUGACGAUUCAAAUUCAGCAGAAAUUCGUUGGCAGAAUUAUUGGUCGUCAAGGUGCUACUAUUAAGGAUCUACAAGCUCAAUCUGGAGCUAACAUCAGUAUUGACAAGAGCACUGAUGGUAUUGGAACAUCAGUCAGGAUAACCGGCAGUGAAGAGGCGAGAGAAAAGGCACAGGAAUUGAUCAACAAUAUUACUAGCGAUGAUUCAUCAUACGGAUCUCGACAAGGUGAUAGACAACAGUCAUACGAUUCAAGACAAGACGACAGACAGUCAUACGGUUCCAGAUCAAAUGAUAGGCACUCUUAUGAGCAUCAAGAUGACCGUCAACCUUACGGUUCAGCAAAGUGGGAUAACGAUCAACAAAACCAAAGCCAAAAUUAUCAGCAGCCUCAAAGCCAAAAUUAUCAGCAGUCCCAAAGCCAAAAUUAUCAGAGGUCAUCAAACACUCAACGUAGCUGGCACCAACCUCAGCCAGAUACACAACAGCAAUUAUCUCAGCCUCAGGAAGAAGAGCGUGAUCCUUUAGAUUUCGGUGACUUUGAUUGGGCUGCUGUGAACGAAGAGCAAAAGAACUUUGAACAAGAGCGCUGGAAACACUUAAAACCACUGAAGAAAAAUUUCUACAUUGAAGAUCCUGAAAUCGCUAACAUGUCUCCGGAAGAAGCGGCUCGAAUCCGUCAGUCCAAGAACAACAUAGACUGUCGCGUUAUGAUUGAAGAUGUUGAGAAUCCCGAGAACAACAAAGUCCCGAACCCCGUGACGACAUUCGAGCAAGCGUUUCGUCACUAUCCAGAAAUUAUGGACGAGAUUCGCAAGCAAGGCUUCCAAGAACCUAGUCCAAUUCAGUGUCAAGCAUGGCCGGUUUUACUGAGUGGAAAGGAUAUGAUUGGAAUUGCCCAAACAGGUACUGGAAAAACUUUAGCGUUCUUGCUACCUGCUUUGAUUCACAUUGACGGACAAGAGACUCCUCGUGAUAAACGUGUCGGUCCUAAUGUCAUGAUAAUGGCCCCUACUAGAGAGUUAGCUCUGCAAAUUUACAGCGAAGUUCAAAAGUACAGCUACCGUGGUAUCAAAGCCACUUGCUUGUAUGGAGGAGGAAGCCGCAAAGAACAAGUCCUCAGUGUAGAAAAGGGUGUUAACAUUGUGAUUGCCACUCCCGGCAGAUUGAAUGAUCUCGUGAUGGCUGGUUCUCUCAAUUCGUACAUGAAUGACCCCAUCCAAGUUUACGUUGGCUCUCUAGACUUGGCUGCUACGCAUUCAGUGCGACAAACAAUUAGAAUUGUUGAUGAAUCUGAAAAAACUCAAGAACUCCACAACUUCUUUCAAAGUAUGGGAGAAAAAGACAAAGCAAUGGUUUUCUUCGGUAAAAAAGCGCGAGUUGAUGACUUGGCAAGUGAACUUGCUCUUAGCGGUGUAAAUGCACAAAGUAUUCAUGGUGGACGCGAACAAGCGGACAGAGAACAAGCUCUAGCUGACUUGAAAUCUGGCGAAGUAAAAAUUCUUCUUGCUACCGAUGUCGCUAGCCGCGGUAUUGAUAUUGAAGAUAUCACGCUUGUGUUUAAUUAUGAUUUCCCACGUGAUAUUGAAGAAUAUGUCCAUCGUGUUGGCCGUACUGGGCGCGCUGGUCGCUCUGGUGAGAGUAUUAGUCUUGUUACUCGUGGUGAUUGGGCUAUUGCUAAGCAACUGAUCGCUAUUUUAGAAGAAGCUAGUCAGGAAGUACCUGAAGAAUUAUUUAAAAUGUGCGAGCGUUAUGAUGCAUGGAAAGAGCGUAAGGCUCAGGAUAAAGAUUUAGCACGUAUGGACGCUCGUGGAGGUGGAGGAGGUCGCUACGGCGGCGAACGUGGUGGAGACAAUAACUCUUUCGGAGGCGGCGGAGGACGUGGAAGAGGUGGACGAGGAGGACGUGGAGGAGGCCGCGGUGGUCGAGGCCGUAACAAUUAUGAUUCAUUUUAUUAA